AUGGCAUCGGGGUCUCAAAGCCCUGAACAAACAAUCGAGCUCCAAGGUGAAAAGCAACUUUACGAAGAGCUUUCUAAAAGAGACCCAAUGUUUGAUAAUGCCGAGCGUUUUCUAAGAGAUUUCCAAACAUCUUGCGCCCAUGUCACCUUCAAUAAUCUUGAGACGGAAGCAGGUCCUACCUCUCCAGAGCUCGAGAACCAAAUAUGGGAUGCACACAUGAGGAUCAAUUCCCGCUUUCGGAAACUUUGCUUCCAGUUUCGUGAGCAACAGGCACGGAAGAAGCGGCCGGUCGAGGACCGCAAGCUCAAGUCCAAGUACCAAAAGUUCAUCAGUGGCUCGCAGCAGUUCUACGAAGAUUACCUCAAGUUCAUCCUCUCUCGAUGGAGCUCCGUACCUGAGCUGAAAGACGCUGCAACGGAGUUGAGCAUCGAGCCAGUUGAAGUUCAGAUUCCGCCCAGUGUCACUAGUACACUGCGAGACCGCAUAGUCAAUUCGUGUUAUUCCACCUUGAUCCGGCUAGGGGACCUUUCUCGGUAUUACCAGAUGGUUCUUGUUUCCGACAUCUCUAAACGGGAAUGGAGCCUCGUGGUGAACUUCUACAGGCUAGCCGGCGCGGUUAAACCUAUGUGUGGAAGAUUUCAGAAUCAGCUGGCUCUCAUUGCACUUGCUGGGGCUGACCAUUUUCAUGCAACAUAUUAUUUCUAUCGUGCUUUGUGCGCGAUGGAACCCCACGCCGAUGCGGAUGGCAAUCUUGAGCUUGAAUUCAAGAAAUUCCUGACUGCACGAUCUAGUGGGAGACUGGCACAACCAAAUGAUGAAAGGGAGUCAUUGAUUCAUUCAUUUAUCUACCUGCAUGCGAUGUGCUAUAAGAAUGUUGACUUCAGUGAACGAAGCAAAUUGGAAGAUGAGGUUCUUGAUCAAAUGGCUAUGCAGUUGCGCGAGGGCUCCAUGGACGUCACUUUCCUUCAAACGCUCUGCUUGAUGAACAUAGGUGCCGAAGCACAUGCACGAACCAAAUCGGAUACCAAUGGGAAUGCGGUCGAAUUUUUCAUGCGGCUAAAUGUGAAAACUUUCACAAUCCUUUUGCAGCUUCUCAUACAAGAAAACAAUGAGCAGUCGAACUUGGACUGGUCCCACUGGACAAUCCUGCCAGCACUCCGGAAUUACAGCUCCUGGCUAGUGGCCAACCGUGCUACUCUGGUUUCUCAAACUCAAUAUACUACGGCCCUUGUUGGUUAUUAUAUCAGGCGAUUUUGGGAAAUUUAUGCGAGUGCCUUGAACUUUGUUGCUUCAAACACUUCUCGAGGUAGGGUGUAUCUAAACUACCUUCUCCCGGAGGAUUGCGAAACACUAGGAUUUUCUCCACUGAUGGUUGGGAGUAAGUCCCGGCGCCAUGUUGACGAUUCUGGGAACGUGAAACCUAAAGCGCCGGUCGGUGCUGGCGGUGACAGAACCAAGGUCGAAGCCGAAUUUCGAACACAGGAAUUCCUUUUGGAUGGUCUCGAUUUCGUUAGAAACAAAGAAAUUCCCAUUCGUAUGUUAGACGAUCGCUUCGUUGUUGACCAGGCCGAUGCUGUCUCCCAAUCCUCGAAUGGAUCCCCGAGUGCAAGCGACCUUUCCACACCCAGCGUUGACCACCAAGUUGUUAAUCAGAAUCAGGCACAUGGCGACCACUGGGACAACAACGAAUCGCCAGCGGAAUCUCGUUUGGCUUUUGAUGUCGAAGCGAUGGUCGAUGAACUUGUGAAUUGCGAUACCAAUCACUCUGCGAUCGAAGACGAAACGACAGAAUCGCGAUACCGACAGUCCUUGGUAAUUGAUACUGAUGGAGGUUCUACAUUUUCAGCCUCACAAGAACAAGACAGUCGCGCAGAGAGUCCAGAGCCUAAAGUCACGUAUUCACCAGGACCUCUUCUCCCAAGCAUUUUUAAUACGGCUUUCGCGCCACAACCCGGGGAAGUUUCUUCUCCGAGUCGGUCUUUAACAGCGUCAUAUUCCAGUCUACCACCACAUCCUGGAGCCGAAAGUAUUCAUUCACCGUUCAUUUCAUCCUAUUACCCUUCCAGUGUGUUUACUCGGAGCCAUGUGGCCUCACCCGGGGUCUUUCUUGGCCAAACUCCUCCAAGUGGACAGGCUGGAUGA